AUGGGACUUCUCAGUUAUAUAGGUGUUUCUAAUCUGGUGCAAGUGAUUUUAUCAGUACUCUCAGUUUAUUGCAUGGCAGGCUCAUAUAUCUAUGUUUUUGAGAGCCGGAGCAACUCACUCCAAAUGAAUCGAUUCAGAGUUUCCAGCACAUGGGCUAGAAUUGUUUAUCAUUCUUCUGUAUACAUAAUUAACUGCUCAGUUCUCCUGUUACUCUUCAAAUCUCCAGAAGAUCAAGAAAUUGCAAAGCUAGACGUUCUGAAAAUGGAGCCAUGUCCAACUGAAGAAUUUUUCAAAUACGACAUGUUCAUUCUGACUACCGAUUAUGAGUUUCAAAAAAUAACAAAACGUUACAUUGGGCCUGGACUGAUUUUUCAUGUCAUGUUUCAUAUUCUAUUUCAUGUCAUUUGUACUGUCUAUUAUCUAUUCUUAACACCUAACAAAGUUUUGUCACCAGAAACUCGGAGAAUUCAGAAGAAGUUCUUUAUUGGUACGGUAUUCCAGACAACUAUCCCAUUGGCUGUACUUGUAAUCCUUCUGGUUGGUAUCCUAUUAGAUCAAUUAACAAAUAGUUUCACUCAAGGAAUGGUGAACUUGGCAAUUAUUGGAUUGGCAUCACAUGGUAUCGGGGAAAGUCUCGCUAUUAUUUUGGUCCACAGAUCUUAUAGGAGAGCAGUCUGGGAGUUGAUGACAAGGAAGAAGAUCGAGAAAGAUGAAUGCGAAGAUGAAUGCGAAGAAACGGAAGACGAAGAAGAGAAUUGUCGACCACCGCGUCUUCUACCUCCACGACCUCCUCCACCACCAGAAACAACAAUAGCUGAUGCUAUCCCGAAUAACGCGAGUUGUGUGUCCAUCAGUCCAUCUGAAUGUGUUGAAUGGCCCACAACUGGCAACUGCACAUCCUGCAUUAUUGGUAGCUCCGAGCCAAAGACCUCCAAUAGUUCGGCCAUUAGCUUGAACCUUUCCAAGGGCAUCAUUAGCAAUAGUCAUUCUCUCAUUAUCAUUCUGGAAUCCGAUAAUCUGCUCACCAUGAUGCACCAAACUCCAUUCGGUCUGUCAAAUCUAUGCCAUCCCGAUGGGCACUCCUCUCUAUUUGGUCUUGGUGGUGGUCUCGGUCUGCCUGGUGGUCUUCCUGGGGGUCUUUGCGGUCGCCCACGUCCACCACCACGUCCUCCUUCUUCAGAAGACCAUGAAGAUGAAGAGAACCUACCACCUCCUCGUCCUCCUCUACCGCCUCCGCCACUAUAG